AUGCUUGAUCUUUGUCAACCAAUUCAAGUCAAUAAUCUUUAUGGUUCGUUAAAAAUAAAUACUAAUGAUAGUUUGUCGUGUAUGAAUCCUAGAAAAUGGUAUUUUUUCUAUGAUUAUGGCUAUGCAUUAUUCAUUCGUAUUAUUAAUAUAACUCAAUUACUAUCAAAUUCAUUUGUAUUUAAAAUUUAUUCAACUACAAAUAAGCAAAACACACUUGUAUAUGAUUCAACAAAUGCUACAAUUGUAAAUAAUGAGAUUCAAAUUGAUCUGAACGAUAAAAACUCUGGUGGUAUACUAGUGGAAUUAAUGUCUAGUAAUCAUAGAAAUAUAGAAAAAACAACAUUUAUAAUUGAUUAUGCUUUUCGAGUUAAAUCGGAAUCACGGUUUGGACGGCAAACACUUCAAGAUAAUUCAUCUUCCUCAUCUUUCAAUUCUUCUCAGCCAACAUUCAUUGCUUUAAUGUGUGUUAUUAUUUUUCUUCUAAUCUGCAUUGUUGUGGUAAUAACCAUUAUGUGCUAUCGACAUUAUUCUCGUAAAAACGUUUCAAAACGACGACAAAGAAUUGAAAAUAAAUUUCGAAAUGUUUUAAAUUAUCAACAAGCCAGUGAUCAAGCACAUUUAGCUUCAUCUAUAACACCAUCAUCGGCUUCAUCAUAUUCUCUUCCAUCAUCUCGACAUCUAUGUCCAGAUAAUCGUCCAAUUUCAAUUCAACAGAAACAGCAGCAUCAACAAAAUUCAUCACUAGGUCAAAGUAUAAGUACAUUGCCAUCGAUGAUUCCAUCACGUCGUUUACAACAAUCAAUAAUGGAUGCUUAUUUAAAUGAUUUUGAUACAGUACAACCAGCAACAGCUGAUUCAAAACAAUUGAAUUCAUAUUUAUUUAUUGAUCUUCAUUCAACAUCGAGCGAAACAUUUCCAGAUGCUGUCGCUAAACAAUAUCCAAAUGAUAAUACAACAACGAGCGGUUAUGAUACAUCAACAUGUGGCGAAGAUCGAAAUUAUAAAAGUUCUUUUCAAAAUCGUCGUCGUCGUCGUCUUCGUUAUUAUUAUAAUCAACGACAACGACGUCGCUCAACCAUGGGAUUAAAACGACCAAAUGGUCCUCGUUUCUUAAUGCGUGAAAGAUCAUUACCAAAUGCACUUAGUAAACUUCCACAAUUGCGACAACACUCACACUUAUUUGAUAUGCGAGAUCCAAAUAGUAGUAGUACAACAAGUAAUACUAAUCAAGAUCAUAUAUCAACAAAUUUUUCGAUUACCACUGAUGAUUAUGAUGAUAGUCAUGCUUAUCAUGUUAAUUCAGCUCGUAUUAUGAAUACUAUCGAAGAGGAGAAACCAUCAGUGAUUCAUCAAUCGUUGUCUCGGCAGCCGUAUCUUUUUGAAAUGGUUUCAACUUACUGUGGUGAUGAUAGUGACAUGCCAAAUUAUGAACAUAUGCCUAGACCAUUGAAAUCUUCUUCUUUGACAGGUGACGGAAUCGCCUAUGUUAAUGAUUCCAUUAUUGUAUAA